AUGAGCAUUGUAUACAUACCAGCACUAACAAGAAAUAGUCUGACCACAUUUGAGGAGACUCUUCCCUCUCCUUUAUAUGCAAGAGUGUCAGAGAAUGAAUGGAAAGAAAUAACUGUCUGUUUGAACCAAUAUCUUUUCAAAAGAAGAGACAAACUUCUGUUCAAAGUACUGGCUCCUGUUUUAAUUGGAAAUAUUUUAAGAAGUAUAACGAAUGCGUAUGUAGACAAGCAGGUGCAGAAGUAUUUAGCCAAAAAGAACCUUAUUCUAAGCCACCGCGGAAUACACAUUCACCACCCAAAAGACAGGCAAUAUUCUGGAAUUGAUGUGUCUAUCUACAGCAGUGCCUCAUUCCCUAUUAAUAUACAAUAA